UUUCCCCCGCCUUGCGUCGACCGGCGUUCAGAAAAAAUCACCUCAAUCACUUUGUCCCAGGACAGAGUCCCUGAAGCAGAAGAAAAGUCCAAGAUGCCUAAUCACAAUCCAGCACCACCGGAGUCGCAGACAGACAAACAUGGAGAUGGAGUACUACAAGCCCUUGAAGAAGAAGAAACGGGGAGCAGCAGUACUAGUACUAAUGAAGCCAAAGGCACGUGGAAACACGCGGCCUUCCACGUGGCAACUACUAUAGCAACCCCUGCUGCUUAUGCUCCUCUUCCUUUCGCUGUAGCCUCUCUCGGUUGGCCUUUCGGGGUAAGCAGUUUAGUGGGUGCAACGAUUGCAACAUGGUAUUCAAGUCUGUUGAUUGCUUCUUUGUGGGGAUGGAAUGGCAAGAAACAAAUCACAUACAGGCAUCUUGCACACAGCAUCUUUGGGUUCUGGGGUUACUGGGCGAUUGCAUUCUUUCAGCAGGUGGCUUCUUUGGGCAAUAACAUUGCCAUCCAAAUUGCUGCUGGAAGCAGCCUCAAGUCAGUUUACAAGCAUUUCCACAAGGAAGGAACACUAACAUUGCAGCACUUCAUCAUAUUCUUUGGGGUCUUUGAACUCUUCCUCUCCCAACUCCCUAAUAUCCACUCCUUGAGGUGGGUCAAUGCCUUGUGCACCUUCUGCACAAUUGGCUUUGCUGCUACAACAAUUGGUGUCACCAUAUAUGAUGGUAAAAAUAUGGAUAGAAGUUCAGUUACUUAUGGUUUGCAAGGAAGCAAUCCUCAAAAGAUUUUUAGGGCCUUCAAUGCUCUUGGUGCCAUUGCCUUCUCAUUUGGAGAUGCAAUGCUUCCAGAAAUACAGAAUACAGUGAAGGAGCCUGCAAAGAAGUAUAUGUACAAGGGUGUGUCAGCUGCAUAUAGUGUUAUUGUCUUCAGUUAUUGGCAAUUGGCCUUCUUUGGGUAUUGGGCAUUUGGAUCAAAUGUCCAGCCUUACAUAUUGGCUUCUCUGACUCAUCCACAAUGGACAAUUGUCAUGGCUAAUCUCUUCGCUGUGGUUCAGAUUUCAGGUUGCUAUCAGAUCUAUUGCAGGCCAACGUAUGCCUACUUUGAAGAAACAAGUCUAUCAAAGAAAACUACCAACCAUUCCCCUUUCAGAAACAGCUUAAUCCGGCUAGUAUUCACCUCCAUUUACAUUGUUCUGAUCACACUUGUGGCAGCAGCCAUGCCAUUUUUUGGUGACUUUGUGUCUAUCUGUGGAGCAAUUGGGUUCACUCCAUUGGACUUUGUUUUCCCAGCAAUAGCAUACCUUAAAUCUGGAAGGAUGCCCAACAACACCAAACUUAGUUGCUUAUUGAAGAUCCUUAAUGUGUCUAUUGCUUCCUGGUUUUCCAUUGUAGCAGUACUAGGAUGCAUUGGCUCAGUAAGAUAUAUAAUAGAGGAUGUCAAGACUUAUAAGUUCUUUCAUGAUAUGUAGAAGCUCAAAAAAAAUUGUAUAUUAAUAUUAAUAUGUUAUAUUUUUGUUA